CGCAUUUGCACCCGGUUCUGUUGUUCCCAGAAGGCUUUAAAAGCACCGCACAUCUUCCAGAGCUCACAACACGCUCUCAUCUGAGACCAGAUACACUGCACCUACUCACGAGGACGAGAGACAUCACCUGAGAACAUGGACCCCUGCGACUGCUCCAAAAGUGGGACCUGCAACUGCGGAGGAUCCUGCACUUGCACAAACUGCUCCUGCACCAGCUGCAAGAAGAGUAAGUCCAAUACCUCGACACGUGGGGAGGGAUGCACGUGGAUGCAAUAUGGCCUAACCUCACACUCUUUUCACGAUGUUAUAUUAUCUUCGCAGCUAUCUAUAGGCCAAAAGGCUGCUGCCCAUGCUGCCCAUCCGGCUGCACCAAAUGCGCCUCUGGCUGCGUGUGCAAAGGGAAGACUUGUGACACAAGCUGCUGUCAGUGAAGGACCUCAGCCCGCUUCUGCUCUUGGAAUGGAGCCUUUGUGAACUACUUUGACUACAUUCCUGUUGCAAAUGUCUACAGAGAAUGGUGAAUUUUGUACUUGUUUACGAUGUUGAAAUAAAUGCAGUUCCUUGAAAA